CGAGAUUUUUCCCUACUCAAAUUGAAUAAUAAUCAUAAUAUCAGUCUUACUGAAAGAAUCCCAUGUUGGGGAUAUUGGAUUUCAGUCCUUUUUAACAGUGUUUCCAUGCUGGGAAGUUAGUUUUAUUCAUUAGACGAUAUAUUUGUCAAAAUUCAUGAUUGGAAAUCGAAAAUGGCACUGAUUUUUGGUUUUCUAUGUGGUUGAGAACUACAUGUUUGGUUGUAUGAAUGUUUCAAAUGUAUGUUUAAAACAUACGUUUUAAAAUGAUAAAUUGCAUUUGCCAAAUUUGUGUUGCAUUGGAAUACCAAAAAAAGAACUUUCUCUUUUACUGAGAUUAUUUAAUGCAUGUUGGAGACAUCAUUGGUUCAAAAUAUAUAAGAAAAGAGAAGGUGGUUAUGGCUUAAUUCACAACUAACGGGACUUCUUACUUUUGUAUCCCGUAAAUCCGUAACUUCUCUAACCCUUGGUUUGGUUUGGAAUCAAGAAUUUUAUAAGAAUUCGAUUUAAUUGAAUUCUUUUCUCGUAAAAUUCUUAUUUGGAAUAAAAGAAUUUAAAAUUUUUUAAUUUGAAAAAUUUUCAUCAUGAAUGAUUUUGAAAGAAUUCAUUUGAAUUCAUUUCUUGUAAAAUUAUUUAUGCCAAAUGAAGGGUAAGAGUUUUUGUGCCUUUGGAGGUUUUUAAAUUGAGAUUAAAAUUGUAGUUCAAAUCUAAAUGAUUCUUUAGGAAUUGUGGAUAGGGUUCUCCAAAGUAUCCUAUAUAUGUUUAUUCACCAGAAAAGUAACUGCUAUGUCACUUUUCUGGUAGUGAUGAAUCUGUUAAUAUCUAUGCAGCUGCAUUUCUCUGCUCCCCUUGUGUUAGUUUGACUUGACAACUUUAUCUUGUGCCACUAAAUAGUAAGUUUUUCAAUAUUUUGUAAAUUGUUUAUAGUGAUUUGAAUCUACUUGGCUAGACAGGGGUACAAAUUGUUGAGAUAUGCUUGGCAACGAGACCUCGCAAAGGAGGUUUGAUCAACCUUCAGGAACUAUUCACUCUGCUUCAUCAGAAAUGAAAAAGUGAUCGUGAAGCUGUUUCUGGGGAUGACUGUUUGCGUGCUGUAAGUAAGCUUAAGGUCAGCUCAUAUUGGGUUGUCUUCAUAAGCGUCCUAGAUAUGGUCUUGGUGUCUCAAAUUAGUCUUACCUAUGGAAUUUCCGAUAAGAUCAUAGCACUUUGUUUGGGGAUCUGCCCUUGUUGAUGCAAUCAAUCAAUUCAACUAUGUGCAUAUUUAGCUAAGUUCAUAUUUUCUUCUGUUAAUAAGUUGUGCAAAUUUGAAUAUGUUCUACAAAAGAAUCAUGAGAAAGCACUUAUCGCAUGCGUGCAUACACACAUCCUCAAUUCAAAUUAGUAUCAAUUGAAAAAAAAUGAUUAAUUUCCAUGACGCUGUUACUCCUGGCAUUUACCUACAGGUUCGUGCUGUUCAUCAUUUUAUCCGGACAGUUAGACCCUCCAGGAAUUGAAGGAACUCUAUGCCCCCUUCAUGUCAAUAAGCAACUUGGGUUCAACGCUGGGAUCAUCCAAUGGUGCUGCACUGGCUUCAUUUCUGAAACUCUCAUCAGGCUCUGUUGUCAACCUACUAUUAGCAUUGCCAUGCAAGUCUUCUGCACGUAUAUUCCUGUUGUUUUUCUAUUUCAUACCAAAAGAAGCUACAGGGAUAUCAGCAUAGCUAGGGGUUCAUCCUCAAUACAGAAUGCUAUUAUCUGGCUGCAGAAAAAUGAAUAAUAUGAACGAAUUCUUUAAGAAUUUGAUUAGUAAUUUUGCUGAGGUAAACUAAAAUCGAGUUCUUUAUGAAUGCAAAUUGAAACUAAGUGGCCGUAUUAGGCUUAAUAAUAAGUUUGGUGAUGAAGUUGAAAGCAAACAAGCCACCCUUUUUCGAUAAACCCAUGUUUUAGCAAAAAGGAAAUUUUUAAAAUUAAGUGAAAACUUAACUGUAUAAAGAGUUGUUAAGCAUUAACUAAAAAAAUUAAUCAGCACAGUUUUCAGAAGCCACUCCUGUAUCAGAGCCAGGUUUCGAUCCUGGGACCUGUGGGUUAUGGGCCCACCACGCUUCCGCUGCGCCACUCUGAUUGUUGAUAUAUUUCAUAGUUAAUACUUUAAAGCGAUGAAACGCAGUUCGACGCCGCCCCUGAGUUCUCUGGUCAUAGCAGUUAUCACCAUUUCGCAUGCAGCCUCGUAUCCUGCAAAAGAAGAGAAACGUAAUUGCAAACCGAGCAACAACUCAGAAUUUCUUAUCCAAACCCAGGAUAAACAGGGAGAUCUUAGAGGGGAAGAAUGAGAAGGAGGCCAGGAAUUGGUGGCUUGCAAACAGCUGCUGCUGCUCGGGAUCAAUAUCGAUUACUGGGAGAAAAUGUAGCGAAGUUGAGAACUGAUCUUAUGAAAGAACAGCUCGCCACUUUUCGCACCCAGCUCGAAGAGUUUGCCCGCAAACACAAGAAUGAUAUUCGCAAGAACCCGACUUUCAGGGCUCAGUUCCACGAGAUGUGUGCUAAAGUGGGAGUAGAUCCACUGGCCUCGAAUAAGGGGUUUUGGGCAGAGCUGUUAGGGAUUGGUGACUUCUAUUACGAACUUGGGGUACAAAUUGUUGAGAUAUGCUUGGCAACAAGACCACACAAUGGAGGUUUAAUCAACCUUCAGGAACUAUGCACUCUGCUUCGUCAGAAACGAAAAAGUGAUCGUGAAGCUGCUUCUGAGGACGACUGCUUGCGUGCUAUAAGUAAGCUUAAGAUUCUAGGUAGCGGUUUUGAGGUGAUUUCUGUUGGAAAAAGAAAGCUUGUUCGAUCUGUUCCAACUGAAUUGAACAAAGACCAUAAUGAAAUUUUGGAGCUGGCUCAGGCAAGAGGCUAUGUGACGGUUGAUGAUGUAGAGAGGCAGCUUUCUUGGACAUCUGGUCGUGCUACUGAUGCCCUUGAUACAUUAUUAGACGAAGGUCUUGCUAUGAUUGAUGAUGGCCACAAGGAUGGAAAACGCCGCUAUUGGUUUCCCUGUGUGUCUUCCAUAUCCUCUUCAGGAGGGGCUGAUAUUUGACAUGUGGAUUUUUUAUCCCCAAAAAUUUUACUUGUACCCACAGAAAGGGUGAAAGGUGAUUUAUUUAUUUUAAUUCUCUUGCAUGGAAGUGAAAGUAGCAACUUAAAAUGUACUGAAACUGUAAAUUCUUUUGCAUGAUCUUACAAUUGUUCCAUGAGCAUAUUUACUCUAAUUCAAUUGUUAAAAGCUUAAAUGCACCGGAUCAUUUACACA